CCCGUGACGUCAAAUGACGCGAGCCCCAGCCGGAAGUGGAGGAAAAAGCGCUUCAGCCCGCGGCGCCUGCGCAGAAGGCUCUAGACGCUGUAGGCAGGAGGCACUUUGGAUCGUCCGCAGGAUUGGGGACUGUUACAAGAGGCCGCCACGGAGCCCGCCGGAGCCACCGUUCCUGCUGGUGCUGCUGUUGCCCGAGUCGGAACCGUCGGGCCGCAGCCGCCGGCAAUGCCGCGCAGGAAGUGUUGAUACUCUACACUGUAGAGUAAAUGCUUCAGUGCUAAUGUCUGGAUCUGUGGUGUUACAGAGGAAUGCAGGCAGUAGUUCAGAUGGAACCGAAGAUUCCGAUUUUUCUACAGAUCUUGAGCACACAGAUAGUUCAGAGAGCGAUGGCACGUCCCGACGAUCUGCCCGAGUCACCCGCUCCUCAGCCAGGCUGAGCCAGAGUUCUCAAGAUUCCAGCCCUGUUCGAAAUUUGCCGUCUUUCGGCCCUGAGGAGCCUGCUUAUUCCACCAGAAGAGUGACGCGAAGUCAGCAGCAGCCCACCCCAGUGACUCCGAAAAAAUACCCCCUUCGGCAGACGCGGUCCUCUGGCUCAGAAACAGAGCAAGUGGUUGAUUUUUCAGAUAGAGAAACCAAAAACACAGCUGAUCAUGAUGAAUCACCACCUCGAACUCCAACUGGAAAUGCACCUUCCUCUGAGUCUGACAUAGACAUCUCCAGCCCCAAUGUGUCCCAUGACGAGAGCAUUGCCAAGGACAUGUCCCUGAAGGACUCCGGGAGCGACCUCUCUCAUCGCCCCAAGCGCCGUCGCUUCCAUGAAAGCUACAAUUUCAACAUGAAGUGUCCUACCCCAGGCUGUAACUCUCUAGGACACCUUACAGGAAAACACGAAAGACAUUUCUCCAUCUCAGGAUGCCCACUCUAUCACAACCUCUCAGCCGACGAAUGCAAGGUGAGAGCGCAGAGCCGGGAUAAACAGAUAGAAGAAAGGAUGCUGUCGCACAGGCAAGAUGACAACAACAGGCACGCAACCAGGCACCAGGCACCAACUGAGAGGCAGCUGCGAUAUAAGGAAAAGGUGGCUGAACUCAGGAAGAAAAGAAAUUCUGGAUUGAGCAAAGAGCAGAAAGAGAAAUAUAUGGAGCACAGGCAGACCUAUGGGAGCUCUCGGGAACCGCUUCUAGAACACCUGACCAGCGAGUAUGAUUUGGAUCUCUUCCGAAGAGCCCAAGCCCGAGCUUCAGAGGAUUUGGAGAAGUUAAGGCUUCAAGGUCAAAUCACAGAGGGGAACAACAUGAUUAAAACAAUUGCUUUUGGCCGCUAUGAGCUUGAUACUUGGUACCAUUCUCCCUAUCCUGAGGAAUACGCAAGGCUGGGACGGCUCUACAUGUGUGAAUUCUGUCUAAAAUAUAUGAAGAGCCAAACGAUACUUCGCCGACACAUGGCCAAGUGUGUGUGGAAACACCCACCAGGUGAUGAGAUCUAUCGCAAAGGCUCAAUCUCUGUGUUUGAAGUGGAUGGCAAGAAAAACAAGAUCUACUGCCAAAACCUGUGCCUGUUGGCCAAGCUUUUUCUGGACCACAAGACCUUGUAUUAUGAUGUGGAACCCUUCCUGUUCUAUGUGAUGACGGAAGCGGAUAGCACUGGCUGUCACCUGAUUGGCUAUUUUUCCAAGGAAAAGAAUUCAUUCCUCAACUACAAUGUGUCCUGUAUCCUGACCAUGCCUCAGUACAUGAGACAGGGCUAUGGCAAGAUGCUCAUUGAUUUCAGUUAUUUGCUUUCCAAAGUAGAGGAAAAAGUUGGCUCCCCAGAACGCCCACUCUCAGAUCUGGGACUCAUCAGCUAUCGCAGCUACUGGAAGGAAGUGCUUCUCCGUUACCUGCAUAAUUUCCAAGGCAAAGAGAUUUCUAUCAAAGAAAUUAGUCAGGAGACGGCUGUGAAUCCUGUCGACAUCGUCAGCACUCUGCAAGCCCUUCAGAUGCUCAAGUAUUGGAAAGGAAAACAUUUAGUUUUAAAGAGACAGGACCUGAUUGACGAAUGGAUAGCCAAAGAGGCCAAACGGUCCAACUCCAAUAAAACCAUGGAUCCAAGCUGCUUAAAAUGGACCCCUCCAAAAGGCACUUAAAGUGACCUGUCAUUCCGAGCCAGCGAACCCCAAGCAGUAGGAAUCCAUACCCUAGGGAUCUGUCUGUCAUUUCUGUUGUUCUUGUGAUUGGCAAGUACAGUAUCCUUUGGGAAGGCCAUCCCCCUCAGGACUGUCCUGGCUCCGCCCCUUGUGUACACUGCAGACGCUGGUUCUGAGGAACUGUUGUUUCGGCCUCAGUGAGGUUGCCUGGCAGGGCUCUGCUUCCGACUCGAUGCAGAACCCUCAUAGCACUGACCCAAGGAGUUCUGUUAUGGUACUGUACCUGUCCAGUCACUGGUUCUCUCCUCAUGUCCUCUAGCCCCAUGAGGUUGUGUUGUGUCUUCUGAACUUUGUACUAGUGCUUCUUGCCACCUG